AUGAAUCCCGGCAGUCUGCGCGGCGUGCUGGACGUCAGCAACGCAACCUGGGCUCUCUCGGAGAGCUCUCUGCUGCAGCCCAUGUGGGACUACCUCCAGCAGAACCACGAGAGCACCUUGCGCUCGCCGCUCUUUCCAGUCAUCCUCUCGGUGUCCAUGUACCUGGUGCUGGUGUUCUUCUACACCGUGCUGGACUUGCUGGCUCCCACCUGGCCCUCCAUCCGACGCUACCAGAUUCACCAGGACCGCACCGUCACCUGGUCCAACAUCGGCUCCACUUUGGCGCUCACCACGUACAACCAUCUGCUCUACAUCUUCCCCGCCGCCGUAGCCCAGUGGCUCUGGCGGCCGCCCGUGCCGCUGCCCCGCGAGGCGCCCACGCUCAGCGCCUUCCUGCUGGGAAUCGUGGGCUGCACGGUGGUGUUCGACUUCCAGUACUACUUGUGGCACCUGCUGCAUCACCGCGUCGCCUGGCUGUACCGCACCUUCCACGCGCUCCACCACCAGUAUCGGCAAACCUUCAGCCUGGUGACGCAAUACCUAUCCGCUUGGGAGCUCUUCAGCGUGGGCUUCUGGACCACCGUGGAUCCUUUGCUCCUCCAGUGCCACUGUCUCACCGCCUGGGCGUUCAUGCUCUUUAACAUCUGGGUGUCCACCGAGGACCACUGCGGGUACGACUUCCCUUGGGCCAUGCAUCGCCUGGUUCCCUUCGGCCUUUGGGGUGGAGCGCUGCGGCACGACGCUCACCAUCAGCAGCCGGGCACCAACUUUGCGCCUUUCUUCGCCCACUGGGACUGGCUGGGGGGGACGGCGACCAUGCCGGCUCCCGUGAAGACAAAAACGCGGAAAGAAAGGGACGAAAAGGACGCCUGAGGCUCUGCUUUCCCUUUCACACCCUCGCUCGCAUCUCUCUCUUCACUCCAUCUGUCCCGCCCUGUCUCGCACGUUCCCUGUCGCUAUUCAUCUUCUCCCUGAACUGCAGAUCAAGUGUCUUACUAACAAACCAGUAGAGAAGCAAGCAGCACAUUCCCGACGAAAGCGUCCUGCUUUUUGAAUGUAUAAAGUGUCUUUUCUUGCAAAUCGAUCUAUUUUUCUAAAUAAUAAUAAAAAGACUCUUUAGCAUUUGAUGGCCAAUUUGUGGAGUUUUGUGGCAUAUCUCAGGUUUGUUGUUUUGGCCUAACAUCUUUCAAAAAGAUUGUGUGUGUGUGUGUGUGUGUGCGCGUGUGUGUUCAAAAUGGCUUGUAUUCCAAUGCUUGUUAUUGUAUUUUGACACUUUUUACUAAACUUGAGUCAAUAAAAUGCUGUGUUGUUUCUUAAGGUGAA